CAACAACACACAACAAAAAACAAAACAAAACAAAAAACAAAACCAACUUGAAGUAGAGACAAUGCAAGCCACAAAAAGGGAAAUUAGAAAAAGAAAUUGCAAGCAGUAACAGGAAAAAAGGAGGAAAAAGGACUAAAACAAAUAUACGCAACGUCAACAGCAAACACCGAAAGAGACUAUGAAAAAUGCGCAACUGAAGCUGAGUGAAGUUGAUGAUGAUGAGCUGUGGCUGCAACAGCAACAGCAACGGCAACAGCAGCAACAAGCAGAGCUACAUCAGCGGCAGCAACUAGCUUUUAGAUUAGCACACAACAGCAACAAACUUACCCAACAGCAACUAAAGAGCUUAAGUACAAUACACCAAAGCAACAACAGCACAGUAGCAGCAGAAAGAGCAAUAGCCAUACAGCAUGUAGUCAGCGUUUCCAACGAUAGCGCUCAGCAAUAUGUUGAAAGCGCCUUGCAACAGCAACAGCAACAGCAGCACAAGCAACAGCUAGACAGCAACAUGUUGUCAGCCGACAGCAAUCAAGCAACAAAAACAAACAUAAGACUGUGCGCACGCAAGCGACAAAGAUUACGUCGGCGGCGAAAAAGAAAACCAAUUGCAGCAAAAGCAGCAGCAACAUUUAGCAAUAGAACGCACCACUGA